GCGUGAUACAUAAUAUCGUAUUGUUCAUCUUGGUGGAUAAGAUGAAGGGUGUUAAAAAGGCCUCGAAUGCCAAAACCAUCCAACCUGGACAAAAGUCCAAGUUCCUUUUGGAUUGCACAGCACCAGCAAAUGACAAUAUCAUCAACCCUUCUGGUUUGGAGAAAUUCUUGCAAGAUCGCAUCAAGGUUGAUGGAAAAACUGGUAACUUGGGAACCAACAUCACGGUAACCAGGGAAAAGAACAAGAUUUACGUUGUUGCCGACAUUCCAUUCUCCAAGCGUUACAUAAAGUACUUGACCAAGAAGUAUCUUAAGAAACAACAACUUCGUGAUUUCCUCAGGGUUGUCGCUAACAAGGAGCAUUCAUACGAAUUGCGUUACUUCCAAAUCAACGACGAGGCCGAGUCUUGAUUGUUGUCAAUUCAACGAACACAUACUGACUCGUUGGGGUCAUUAAUGAUGUAUUACCACCGUCAUUUUCUAAUUACAUAG